AUGAUUUCAACUAGAUUAAGUUCAUUCGUUGCUCGAGCAUCGCUUACAUUUAGCAGAAGUAUUUCCAGUGCUGCUUCUGGAGAUGUCGUCGUUAAGGAGGAGCAUCCUUAUGUUUAUCACUUAAAGCUCAAUCGCGAUAAGAAAAUGAACACAUUUACCAUGGAUAUGUGGAAAGAGUUUAAAAAUGCGAUUGAUGGUCUUGCUGAGAACCCGAAAUGUCGGUCGAUUGUGAUUUCUGGAGAGGGUCGCGCAUUCUGUGCCGGAAUCGAUAUUGCAGGAGGAAUGAUGGAAAUUGUCAAUAUAAUUCAAGAUGAUUCUAUCGAAUUUGGACGGAAGGGAAGAAAAGUGCGCAACAUGAUUGGAACAAUUCAAGAUUGUUUUACAGCCCUUGAGAAAUGCCCGAAGCCAAUUAUCGCAGCUGUUCAUUCGUACUGUAUUGGAGCCGGAAUCGAUUUGAUUACCGCAUGCGAUAUUCGUGUUGCUUCUCAGGAUGCUGUUUUCUCGAUUAAAGAGGUUGAUGUUGGUCUCGCUGCUGAUAUCGGAACCCUCAAUCGUAUUCAAAAAGUCGUCGGAAAUGACAGUUGGACUCGUGAACUUGCAUUCACUGCUCGAGAUUUUGGUGUUGAUGAAGCUCUUAAGUUUGGACUUAUCUCUCGGAUUUAUGCGAAUCCAAAGGAUACUGUCAACGCUGCAUUGGAUCUUGCGAAGACAAUUUCCGAAAAGAGCCCUAUUGCUGUGCAAGGAACCAAAGAAACAUUGAAUUAUGCUCGGAAUCAUCCUACGGAUCAAUCGUUGGAUUUCAUCAAGACUUGGAAUAUGAGUCAACUUCUUUCCACUGAUCUUAUGAAUAGUGCAAUGGCUAUCAUGAAUAAGAAAAAGGCAACGUUCGAACCCAUAUCCGGAACCAUGUUCAAUACUGGAAAAUUUGUUGGAAGAACAGCUCUGAUUACAGGAGCAUCGAGAGGAAUCGGAAAAGAAAUCGCCCUAAAAUUGGCCAAAGAUGGAGCUAAUAUUGUGAUUGCUGCAAAGACCGCAACUGCUCAUCCGAAACUUCCAGGAACUAUUUAUACCGCAGCAGAGGAAAUUGAGAAGGCCGGUGGAAAGGCUCUUCCUUGCAUUGUUGAUGUUCGUGAUGAGACAUCGGUGAAGAAGGCGGUCGAAGAUGCUGUCAAAAAAUUUGGUGGAAUUGACAUUCUAAUUAACAACGCUUCGGCAAUUUCUCUCACCAAUACCGAAGACACGGAAAUGAAACGAUAUGAUUUAAUGCAUUCAAUUAAUACUCGCGGAACAUAUUUGAUGACGAAGACGUGUCUUCCUUAUUUGAAACAGGGAAAGAACCCGCAUGUGUUGAACAUCUCGCCUCCUCUUUUGAUGGAACCGAGAUGGUUCUCGAAUCACGUUGCCUACACAAUGGCCAAAUACGGAAUGUCUAUGUGCGUGCUUGGACAUCAUGAGGAAUUCAAACCCUAUGGAAUUGCUGUUAACGCACUUUGGCCGCUGACCGCAAUUUGGACCGCUGCUAUGGAAAUGCUUAGCAAUAAAGAAGGAGAAGCUGGAAGUAGAAAGCCGGAAAUAAUGGCCGAUGCCGCAUAUGCGAUUCUCUCGAAAAACAGUAAAGACUUCACCGGACAAUUCCUGAUUGACCAGGAUGUUUUGCGUGCCGAAGGUGUUACCGAUUUUGACCGAUAUGCAUGCGUUCCAGGACACGAACUCAUGCCUGAUUUCUUCAUCCCCGGAAAGUACGAUGCUCAUUUUGGAUUCGGCAAAAAGUCGAGUAGCAAGAAGAAUCAUGAAAAGGCGGUGAUCAAAGAGGAGAUCACACAGGUUCUCGAAUCGGUCAAAAGCAUUUUGAACGCCGAAAUUGUGAAGAGCGUUGGGACUGUGUAUACUUUCGAAUUGACUGGUGAGAACCCGAGAAGAAUUACGGUUGAUUUGAAGAACGGAACUGGAGCAAUUUUUGAGGGAGCCAGUGACAAGGCUACCGUAACGAUGACUAUGGCUGAUUCGGAUUUCGCUCCACUUUUCCAAGGAAAACUUAAGCCUUCUGCUGCAUUCAUGGCGAAAAAACUCAAAAUUUCUGGAGACUUGUCGGCGGCACUCAAGUUGGAGAAUGUCCUCAAAAAGAUGAACAGCAAAUUGUAA